AUGACGCUCCGGCAGCGUCUGACCAGCGAGACACGACCCUACCAGCCGACCGCCAGCAACGCGCCACGGCCGACGCGCACGAGCACGAUGCAGCCGGACGGACCGGCCGAGAUGCUGCCGCUGAUGGUCGAUGACGACGACGAAGAGCUCUCGGACUCUGAGCUGGCAGGUGUGCGUCGGCCGCUGCAGCCGCCGCUGCCAUCGCAGUCACCGCUGCCGGCCAGCCGCUCGUGGCGGCAGCAGAACCAAUGGAUCGUCCUGGCGCUCGCCAGUGGUGCCUGUGCUGCUUUUAACGGCGUGUUUGCGAAGCUCACCACGACCAAGCUGACCGGCCAUCUGGCCCUCGGCCUGGCACACGCCCUCGGCCUGACCAAGGCUGCCGCUGCUGUCGAGAUUGUCGUUCGGGCCGUCUUCUUCGGUCUGAAUCUGGCGUUCAACGGCUUGAUGUGGACCGUGUUCACCAAAGCGCUCGCCCGCGGUCACUCGGCAACCCAGGUCUCCGUCAUGAACACGUCGGCCAACUUUGUGCUGACCGCACUGCUGGGGCUGAUGAUCUUUUCCGAGGCGCUGCCUCCACUCUGGUGGCUCGGCGCCGCCAUGCUCGUGGCCGGCAACGUCAUUAUUGGGCGCAAGGACGAAGCCGGCAGCGACCCGGCAUCGCACACCGACGAAGAAGAGCUGACUGUGGAGCCGCACACCGCUGUUGCGUUUUCGGAUGACCUUACCGCUGCCACGAGUUCUGGGUCCAACAACACACCGAGGCACCGUGCCUCAGCCUCCAUCCACGGCUCCAGUGUCCCCAGGGAGCACGACGAGGAUGUGCUGGAUCUAGACGUAAGUCACAUUUGA